AUGCACAGGGAAUGUAUAUUCUAAUAAAAGUUAUAGACUCUCUUGAAAGAUAGCACGUGUUCGAUAACAUUACUGAUGAUGUUUAUAAAUAAAAUGUUAUUAAAAAUUUAUAAAAAGUUGAUGCUUUUAAAAAGCAAAUACCAAACUUUAACAUAGAUUAGUUUUGUUAAGAAUAUGGACUCCAAGAAUGCACUUGGGCAAUAGAAAGAAUCAAAAGUGGAUAUGAUAAUAAGGAUUAAAUGGACGAUGCCAAAUAUUUCUUGUUUUUAAAUAAUAAGUUCUUAGAAAUCAAAGAUUAUUUAUAUUUCAAUAAGCAAUUGUGUGAAGUUAAUUAAAUAAGACUCAAACUUGACGAUUUGUUCCAUAUCAUAUUAAAGAGAAAAGAAAAGUUUACUGCUGAUUUUAUGUAUGUUUGCUAACAGCUUCAAGACUACUAUAAAAAUGUAUUGCAAAUAAAGCAAGGAUAAGAAGUUCUAUCAGAGUAGGAGUAUUUAACUGUUGAUGAGUUAAUAGCCACUAAUUAUUAGAAAUUUUAAUAGUAUUUUUAAUGAGAAGUAAUAUUUAAAAUUUCCUCUGUCAAUAAUCAUUAUUUGUAAAUGUGUACAAAGAAAAAUAGUUUUAAUAUAAUUAACAAAAAUAUUGCAUUUUAAUUAAUAUUUUUUGCUUAUUUAUUUUAACACUUCGUAAUAAAAUUUGUAUGUUUUACUUACUUGA